UUCAGUUUUGUUUGUGUGUCCGCCGCCGCAGCAGCCGCUUCAGUCAGAAUUUUCCUUUGAUUUCCACUUCUCAACAUAGGACUGGAGCCACAUAAUCCUCGAGAGUUGCAGUCAAAAUGUUUGAUUGUGAAUAUAUUCGGGGAUUUUGAAAUACAAAGUCACGAGUUUUCGAUUUAGUUACACAGAAUGAGCGAGGCGCAGCGGAAUCUCGAGCGCAAGAUCGUUGUCAUUGGAGCCGGAGCCUCGGGGAUUGCGUGUGCCACCAAGCUGCUGGAGUACGGCUUUCAGAACGUGCUCGUGGUGGAGGCCGAGGAGCGGGUGGGCGGACGCAUACACACCAUACCCUUUGGGGACAAUGUGAUCGAUCUGGGCGCCCAGUGGUGUCACGGCGAGCGCGAUAAUAUUGUGUACGAGCUGACCAGGCGGCAGGAGGAGGAGCUGCUGGAGUCCACCGGUCCCGUCUACGAGAACUAUCAGUGUGUGCGCUCCAACCGGGAAGUGGUGCCCGACAACGUGGCCAGCCGCCUGAAGGCGAUCGUCGGGGAUUCACUGGUGUCGCGGCAACUGGAGCUGCGCCACUGCAGCGGAUCCCUUGGCAGCUACCUGACCAACAAGUUCUAUGACACCCUGCGCCGCCCGGAGAACGCCGACAUCGAUGCGGUGGUGGCCAGAGAGUUCUUUGACAACUAUCAGAAGUUCGAGAACUCGGUGGAGGCCUCCGACACGCUGGACCAGGUGUCGGGCCGUGGUUACCUGGACUACUGGGAGUGCGAUGGCGACAUUCUGCUCAACUGGAAGGACAAGGGCUAUGUGGAGCUGCUGAAGCUGCUGAUGCGCGCCCGCGAACUCAAGUCGGAGUUGGGGGUCCUGGAACAGCGCCUGCUCCUCGGCACCCGCGCACUGAAGCUCAACUGGAACCGCAACGAUGGACGCGUGGAGUUGCAGCUGAGCAACGGCGAGAACUGCAUCGCCGAUCAUGUGGUGGUCACCGUCUCCCUGGGCGUGCUCAAGGAGCAACACUGGCGUCUGUUCGAGCCCAAGCUCCCAGUGGAAAAGCAGCGGGCCAUCGACGGACUGGCCUUUGGCACCGUCAACAAGAUCUUUGUGGAGUUCCCGGUGGCCUUCUGGCCUGACGACUGGACGGGCUUCACGCUGCUCUGGCGGAGUGAGGAUCUGGAGGACAUACGGGGGACGUCGCGGGCAUGGCUGGAGGACGUCUUCGGUUUCUAUCGCGUGAGCUACCAACCCCGUAUCCUGGCCGGUUGGAUAACCAAUGUGAAUGGCCGGCACAUGGAGACCCUGCCUGAGGAUGAGAUUCUGGCUGGCUGCAUGUACCUCUUCCGCCGCUUCCUGCACUGGAACAUCCCCGAGCCAAGCAGCUUCCGCGCCUCUGCCUGGCACACAAACGAGAACUUCCGCGGCUCAUACUCCUACCGUUCAAUGGAAACGGAGAACUUGGGCACAGGAGCCCGCGAGCUCGCCCAUCCACUCACCGUGGUGUCCACCACGCCGGAGCGGGAGCGCGAGCCGAGGGAGGAGCUGCAGCAGAGCCGCUGCGACAAGCCCAUUGUUCAGUUUGCCGGCGAGGCGUCCAGUGAGCACUACUACUCCACGGUUCAUGGCGCUGUCGAAGCUGGCUGGCGUGAGGCCAAACGCCUGGCAGAUUUCUACGGGCAGACCGCUUCCCGAAACGCUACAAAGUCGCAGCUUUAGCUAUAGUGAGAGAGAGAGAGAAAGGGGCGAACUGAUGGGGCGACUGCGAUACCUGACAAUGAUUCCAGUGCAAUGGAUAUGGAUGGGCGUUAGUCUUUGUCUUCGUAUUACAAUAGCAAUUUAUCUGCAAUCUGCAAUUAGCAAUCAAUCAAGAAAACUGAUGACGCAUCCUGGAUAGACUUUCAUAUGGAUAAGAUAUACAAUGUACCACAUAGGCUAUGCUUAGAUGAAGGAUUAUAUACUGCUAUAUAUAUAUAUAUAUAUUAAUAUGUGAGUGUCGUGUCGAUAUGUAUACCUACAAAUGUGCUGCCCAAUAAAGCUGUGUUUAUGUCUUCUUUUAU